UCCACUUCUCUCUUUCUCUUUCUUUCCUCUCUCCUAAACCUCAAAAAAACAUUGCUCUGGUAGCAUUUCCUUCGUUCUCACACGAUUAUCUAGCUAUAAUCGUUUUCCUACCCCCCUAGCUUGUUUCUUUCUCACUCUUGUCAACCUUUUCAAUUUGAAAUCACGAUGCGUGUUUCCAAGGUUUCCGCCGCGACUGUGCUCGCUUCGACCGUCUCCGUCAAUGCGAUUCCCAUUCCCUGUCUCCUUCCCUUCCUCAGCGGCGCUGGUAGCCUCUUCGGAAGCUCGGGUCUGGGAGCCAGCUUGGGCGGCAGCGGCAGUGCUGAUUUGGGCGCCAGCCUGGGCGCCGGUGCCAGCGGCAGCGGCAGCGGAAGCGCCGGUCUGGGUGCUGGACUCGGAGGAAACGCGGCUGCCAGCCUUGGUGCGAACGCUGGUCUGGGCGCUGGUCUGGGCGCCGGCCUGAGCGGUCUCUUCGGCGGCAGUGGUAGCGGUAGUGCUAGUGCCACCGGCAGCGGCAGUGCUGAUCUGGGAGCCGGAGCCGAUCUGGGUGCGAACGCCGGUCUUGGUGCGAACGCCGGUCUUGGUGCGAACGCCGGUCUUGGUGCGAACGCCGGUCUUGGUGCUGGCGCCAGCCUUGGUGCUGGUGCUGGUCUCGGCGCCGGUGCCGCUGCUACUCCGUCUGCUGGCCUGGGUGCUGAUGCUGGCCUCGGUGCUAGUGCUGGCCUCGGUGCUAGCGCUGGUCUAGGUGCUGGUGCCGAUCUGGGUGCUGGUGCCUCCGGUGGUGCCUCUGGUGGUGCCUCUGGCGGUGCUUCCGGCAGCGCUGGUCUGGGUGCUGGAGCUGAUCUUGGCGCGAGCGCCGGUCUGGGAGCGGGUGCUAGCCUUGGUGCUGGCGCUGGUCUCGGUGCCGGUGCCGCUGCUACCCCCUCUGCUGGCCUGGGUGCCGGUGCCGGCCUCGGUGGUAGCGCUGGUCUCAGCGGUAGUGCUGGUCUCGGUGGCAGCGCCGGUCUCGGUGCCGGUGCUGGUCUCGGUGGCUCUGGUGAUGUUUCCGGCAGCGGCAGCGGCAGCGCUGGUGCCACGCCUACUGGUGAUGUCGGAGUCUCCCCUGUUGCAACUGGAUCUGCUGGUGGUAGCGGUGAUGUCUCUGGUGGUGCCUCUGGCGAUCUCUCUGGCAGCGGCGGUGUCUCUGGCGGUGCUUCGGGCGGUGCUUCGGGCGGUGCUUCGGGCGGUCUUUCCGGCGGUGCCUCGGGCGAUGUUUCUGGCAGCGGCAGCGGCAGCGGUGAUGUUUCCGGUGGUGCUUCCGGCGACCUCUCUGGCAGCGGUGGUGUUUCUGGCGGUGCUUCCGGCGGUGCUUCCGGCGGUGUCUCCGGCGGUGCUUCUGGUGAUCUCUCUGGCAGCGGUAGCGGUGAUGUUUCUGGCGGUGCUUCCGGCGACCUCUCUGGCAGCGGCGGUGUUUCUGGCGGCGCUUCCGGCGGCGUCUCCGGCGGUGCUACUCCUACUGUUGUUGCUGGCCCUAGCGGUACUACUGUCUCCUUCGGCACUACCACCAGCGUCUCCCUUCCCGGCGGUGGUCUCACGGCUGGCGUCUCGGGCAGCGGCAGCGUCAGCGGCAGCGGCAGCGGUGAUGCUGGCGUAGGUGCUGAUACCGGAGCUGACACUGGUGCGGGUGCUGACACCGGGGCAGGCGCAGGUGGUGAUGCAGGACUCGACGCGGGAGCUGGCGGCGACGCCAGCGCCGAUGCUAACGCCAGCGCUACUGCCAAUGCUUCGGCUGAUGGAGAUGCUGAUGCCAAUGCUGAUGCUGACGCCACCGCUACUGGUGGCGGUUCUGCCACUGCUAACGCUAAUGCGGAGGCUUCUGGCUCGGGACACGCCAGCGCUAACGCCUCUGCCAACGCCUCGGCCAGCGCUUGAGGUGAGCUUCGCCUCUUUCUUGGAUUGGGAGAUUUCUAGACUAACUUGGCCACAGUCAAUUCCACACCUGUCAAUGCGACAAACAACAACAACUACUCCCUCACUC